GUUUGCGUAUGCACUUCAUAGUCACUGGUAAAUUAAAGCAAAUUAGCGAUAACUUUCACGGUUAACCCAAAAACUGGUCCGCGGUAUCCACGUUAAUCGUUCAUGUGAACGGUAGGUUAACGCAUCUGUUUAAAAUAAAUUGGUUUUAUCCACUUCAAAGUGAUACUUCAAAACAUCGUACCGUCUGUUCAACGCAAUUUGUUACAAUCAUUUGCCAUGUGCUAUAGUUGCUACAGUUUGAAGGUGAGUUGCCUACCGAAAAAUGAUUCCGUUUGGCAGCAAAUGGGUAGUCGAUAGCUGGUGUACGAUCAAACUAUUCCAGUUGUGGGAAGCACUCUACUGUUCACGGUCGGCGUUACGGUGGCGUUGGCCUAUCAGUUGCCGAGUGUUUCCCUUGUAGAAAUAUCGAAAAUGCUGCGAGAGCAAUAUGAAUUAGACAAUCGACGAAAAGAUGCAGAUGCCAAUGCCACCGUUCUGGUUGAUAAAAAUGGAAGCAAAUACGAGAAAAAUAAUAAGCAUUCGUAUUACUACAGUAAUCCCUACAGUAAUGGCUUAUCUCAGAAUAAAACGGGGGCAAAGAACAUUUUCAGUUAUUACAACGGAUUGCAGCAGCAGCCCACUCAAACGAGCUACAACAAUCGAAUGAGUUACUACACGAACGGAAAUAGUAACGGCUAUGGUGCCUAUGACCAACUCUACACUAACAAGCUGCAACAAACUCAAGCACCGACUUUCUCGUUGAAUGGUUUGCCCCCUAACUUUAUAUCACCAUACAACUACAGUAGGAAUGAUUGGAAUAGUGUUGUCGGCCGAUACUUCCUGGAUUGGCUCCAAAAACACCCACCAAAUUAUCAUCUGUCCAAUAGACGGCUUUACCCAGUGUUCGGCAAACGUAGCAUCGAGGAGCAUACGCACCCCGAGGAUAAGUUUUUCCUGACUCAUCAUCGCACGACCCGUCAUGAAUUGUACAUGCAAAUUGAAAAGUUUCUCGAUGCGAAAGGCAAACACGGCCACCAUUGCGUACUGCGAGCUUUGUGCGAAAGUGGACAGAAAAGGAAUGCAAAUGAGCCAGACUCGUUUCUGAAAGAGAUUCUGAAGGCUGUAUUUAGCUUACCGACGACGCAUGAAACGCCAUCCUAUCACAAGCACCGAAUGUACGACGAAGCCCAUAGCCAUGAGGGAGACUGUGCAGAGAGGUUUACAUUUUGCCAGGAUAGUAUAUGGUCCGAGAAUUUUAUUUUCUGAAUCGAAUAUCAGAACAGCUCCAAUGCCAAAUAUUUUGUAACAUUUUUUUUUUGAAUAAAAAGUUUUGUCCUAAA